UUCUCUGUUUCUCCGCUGUCGGCCGGUCGUUUUAGUUACCUUACUGCGGGGGUGAUGGGCAGGUGAAUUUGGGAAGGAGAAGGCAGAUGAAUGAGAAUCCCUGCAGGUUUUGAAGCAGGAUUGAGUAUUUAGAGUUUCGAAACUCUCAGAAAAAAGCUAUGAAAUAAUGACAUCUGCAGUAAGUACUUGACAGAAUUCAGCGGGAUGUGCAUGACCACCGACCCUGUUUGAAACAGUUAUAGAUUCAGUAGGCCUAGUACAAAUAAAUCUAAAAAAAAAUUAUCAAAGAUGAAUUUUCUCUUUUUUAUUCCACAUCACUCUAGAAAUUUUCUAUAUUAUCAAAUGAUAAUGAAAAAUGAAUAGAGGUUCUGCUCAAUGGAAUCCAGGCAGCGUCCAUAUAAAGUAUGGAGCUGUGACAGACAAACUAGAAAAGCUGUCAUGGCAUCUAAUUUACGAGAAUUACGUGAAAGAGGAGCUUCCAGAUUAGGCUUGCCUGGUGCUGAUGUCAAAAUUGUUCUUGAAAGUGAUGGUACUGAGGUUGAAGAUGACAUUUAUUUUCAAACCAUUGACAGGGAUACUAUAUUUCUCAUUCUCUGUCCUGGAGAAAGAUGGCUCCCACCUGGAGUAGAAGCACUCAGAGCUGCCAUUACUGCCAUUCCUCGUAUUGUCUGCGAAGCCAUCAACAGUAUGGAGUUGAUUGACAAACAGCCUUCUUGGAAAAUCAUGGAUAACAAGGGGAGAGUUACUGUUGUUUUACACUGGGAUCAGCGAGACAUUCGACGAUCGGCCGACAGUAGGGACCGUUCAGGAGACAGGGAGGCUGUUUGGCGAGUUGAGGUGAUGUCCCAAGAAGUUCAAACUGCUGACACUGCCACUUCCACUGAUGGAACAGUCAUUAGCAUACCUCGAACCAAGCUCACCCUUGAAGGGCUAGGUCCGAGACCCUCAUCCAGAAUGCUUCCACAAUCUGAGGGCAAGGAGAACAGUCCAGAACAUGAUCAUUCCCUCUGUGACUUUCACUGCUCGGCUCUGCACGAGAAAGGUGCUCAAAUCCACGUCAACAAGUCCGUCGCUACCUCGCCCAUUCAGGAAGUGCCCGAGGGAACUGCAAUUGCCACUGCCACUGUUGGGGGAGUUGUCAAGAAAGGGACAGGCAAAGGUCAUGUCCGCUUUUCAGAUGUGGCCGAAGAAACAAAAAUCCCAGCUCAAGACGAAUCAGAAUCAGACACUGAGAAUACGGCCAACGAGGAGGAACAGCUCUCCGAACGUUACUUGUUGUUGGUCGACCAGUUGUCUUUGGAGCAGAAUCGUCAUUUAAGUGUCAAGGACCUUGGUAUCAUCUUGGAGAGGCUAAGCUCAAAAAUAGUUGAUGUGGACAGGCUGGAACGAGAACGUGAGAGUACAGAUGUUCACAACUGGACAAUCAAGGCCACUAUCCGUGGAGAAGUUCUUAGAGAAAUAGGAGUCAUCUAUAAUGGACAAUAUUAUGGGAUAAUGGAACACCCAGGGUACUUUUGAUGCAUGGCCUUCUGUGCUAAGGCUAAAAAUUCCAUUGUUUAUUGUCUUUGACCUCUAGAGUCGAUGCUGUGUCAUCGCGAGGUCGUGCAAUUAUUGAAUUGAGCGAUGAGGAUAACUAGUCUAUCGCCAGUCAGUAGUAUCUCAAGUUAGUCACAUAUAUCGCAAGUGAUGGUGGUUUAAAUGCGAUAUGAAAUAGCAGUCACUGCCAGUUGAGUUUGUAAUGGAAACCAAACUCUGUAUGCUGUCCCUGAUCUACAGUAUAUAAACUAUAUUGUUAAGCAACUUUGGAGAUAUACUUAAAUAUAUGCGCUGCUACUUAGUUAUAAAGGUUUGUGGAUGCAACCUUGUUCGAAGUUAAGCUAUUUAGUACUUGUUAUUUAAAUUACCUUUGGAUGUAUGUAUGUUCCUCUCAGUGUACAUCUAUUAUUUACUAGAGUUUUAUAUAUAUAUUGUGAAUUUAGCAUGUUUCAAAGUAAACUAAAUUUGUUGUUGGCCAAAGUGUUCCUAUGCUGCUAUAUGGCACUUUGGAUUUUGAAUAAAAUGAAACUUUAUAUUGAGAGUGAGGUCAGGGACAGCUUUGUUAUAUUAGGCUGAAGAUUUAUCAAUUUUAACACUGCCAUAGGGUUAAUAUCUAUAUGGAGUGCUGUCCUUUUAACUUGAAUAAAGUAUGAAUUGGAGAUAAUUGCUUAGUAAUCUCUUGUUAAACAACAAGCAAUGUUUGAGAGCCUGUUGGGUUUGGAUUGUAGUUCUCUUCCAAGUCCACUAUGUAAAUAACUGUACAUAAAAAAAAUAAGUAUUAUUACCAUCAUGCAUUGUAGAUAGUUUUUAGUUGUAGUUUUCCCUUUAUUAAAUUUUGUUCAGUAAGAAAGUAAUGCUCCCACCAAAGGGUCUUGUCAAAACAGUUACCCAGUAGCCUUGUUAUGUCUCAUGUAGGAGUCUUCCCAUGCCUAUUUGAAUAUUGUAGGUAAUUACUCAGGUUGGGAAGAUUCCAUCCAAGUUACAGAAUAUGUUAAAUUGUGAGACAGUCCUGUAUCUCUGUAAGCAAGAGCUGUUUGUUUAACAUUGAGUUUUCUUCAUUCUUUUGAUGUUGUAGAAUGUUAAAAAAAAUCGCUUUUUUUUUUCUGAUUUUUUUUAUAGUAGCAGGGCUGUGUUUAUAAAUCAUAUCACAUUAGAAAUAGUAUAUCUGUGUGAUGUGGCAGAUUAUUUUUAUUACUUUAAAAUUAUAAUUUAAUGUAUUAAAAUAACUUGUUUUUGUUUAUCUGA